CACCCUCGGCCUGUCGACUUCUCACCAUACUUGCCGCUUUACUACCAGGCCGGAACACCUACUGGCCCAGCAACCCUCUCUUUCUCCGCCGCCAUGGCGGAUUCGCAAUAUGCAAGCGAAAUGCGUCUGGGCCAGGAGGGCUACUGCGCUAUGCGCGACUCCUGUGGCUCCAAAGACUGGUUCGGCAAGCCCCUGCCGUGCCCAUACGACGGUCCUGCUUCGGAGGAUGAUGUCGACCGCGACCUCCUAGUUUCACUAUGUGGUGCCGAGUAUGCGGAAGGACCGACAUGCUGCACGACCGCACAGCUGGAGACCCUGCGUGACAAUAUAGGUCUCGCGGAAAACAUCAUUUCUUCCUGUCCAGCAUGCCGCAAUAACUUCCGCCAGUUCUGGUGCACCUUCACAUGUUCACCCGACCAGGCAACCUUCCUCAAUGUCACCUCGACCCAGGAGACACAAACGGGGCAGGAGGGCGUUAAGUCGUUUGGCAAGGGCUUCUAUGACAGCUGCAAGAGCAUACAGAUGGGUGCCACCAAUGGGUACGCAAUGGACCUCAUCGGAGGAGGCGCGAAGAAUUACUCCGCGUUCCUCAAGUUCAUGGGAGACGAGAAGGAUAUGGGCAGCCCUUUCCAGAUCAACUACCCGAACGAGCCCCCAGAGGGCAUGACUGUCUUCGACGCGACGCCGCGCAAGUGCUAUGAUGAUGACCUGAGUAGCCGGUGCGCGUGCAUUGACUGCCCAGAUGUCUGCCAAACACUUCCCGACAUCCCACCGCCAACGCCGGGCAUGACAUGCCAUGUCGGCGCCAUCUCCUGCCUAUCAUUUGUCCUCGUCCUUGCCUAUGGCGUUGCUGUGGCAUCCUUCAUCCUCGGGUACGGCCUACAGUUGACCAUCCGGAGGCGGAAAUCAUACGAGCGUGUUGCGCUAUCCACCGACGCUGCUUCGGAGCACGUCUCACCUCGCACACAUGCACGAGGCCUUGUUGGUGCGUCGUCCUUAGCACAGUACGUCGACGGCGAGGAGUCCUUAGGCACACAGUCGGAUUCGCGGAACCUCGGUCGUGGCGCGUCACUGCUGGACCCUAUCGAGACAGUGCAGCCUCGUCAAUAUCGACUGAACAACAUGCUGCGUCGCUCCUUCUACCGUCUCGGACUGAUCACUGCCUCCUACCCUUUCCUCUCGCUCUGCGGUAGCUUUAUAGUAAUCGGCGCCCUUCUCUCGGGUUGGAAGCAACUGCAGAAGGAGUACUUUGACGAGCACUUUGGACCAUUCUAUCGUCCCGAGCAGAUCUUCGUCACAGCGUGCCUGGGAGCUUAUUUGCCGAGCAGACGAACAUACGAUGUAUGCUUCAAGCCCGCAGGACCGGACGGGUUCUGCGUUGUUCAAUCCUGUCUGCCCGACUUCCAACAACCUCUGGCACCUCAGUACGUUCUUGGUGGGAUACCAGAUGGCGAUGAUCCCAAGAAGUACUUGGCCUCGGACGCCCUCGUCGUCACGUAUGUCGAGGUACAGGAGAAGGCGAUGGAGUGGGAGCGUGCACUGCGAGACUACCUACAACGUCUCAGCGAACGUGCACCCAGCGAGGCGGGGCUCGAGGAAGAGAUCAACAAGAGCACGAAUACCGACGUGAAGAUCGUAGUGCUCUCGUAUGUCGCCAUGUUCCUGGGUUGCGUCCUCCUCGCUAUCGUCAACUCGCUGGACGAACCCACCAUCUUCCCGCGGCUGCCCCGCAAGCUCUUCGUCGGGUCCAAGUUCUCGCUCGGGCUGUUCGGCAUCUUGCUCGUCAUCCUCUCGUGCAUGUGCUCCGUCGGGACGUUCUCGUUCUUCGGCGUGAAGGUGACGCUCAUCAUCGCGGAGGUUAUCCCCUUCCUCGUGCUCGCCGUCGGCGUCGACAACACAGAACUCCUCCACGGCCCGAACGCCGCAGCGGUGACACAGGGCUUUGGGUAUGGUGACGCGCCCAUGUCGCCGACGCAAUCCCGCCGCGCGUGUUGCGAGGCGCUUGCAAAGAUGGGCCCGUCUAUCUUGUUGAGCACCAUUACGGAGACGCUGGCGUUCGCACUGGGCGCACUGGUCCCCAUGCCUGCUGUCCGGAACUUCGCAUGUAUGCCGCAGGCAGUGACCGUCUUCGUGAGCGCACUAGCUUUGGACCUGAAGCGUGUUGAGGCCAGCCGAGUGGAUUGCUUCCCGUGCAUCAAGCUUCCUACUCGAAUCGCAUUGGAGGACCCUCCUACCGGCAGCGGCCUUGGAAUGAUCGCUCGGUUCAUACGCCGACACUACGCACCCUUCCUGCUCAAGCCUGUCGUAAAGUUUGUGGUGUUACUGACGUUCCUCGGGAUCUGCUUUUCGUCAAUCAUCUCGAUGCAGCACAUUCAGCUUGGUUUCGACCAGAGACUUGCGCUGCCGUCGGAGUCGUACCUGGUUUCCUACUUUGACAGCGUGGACUCCUACUUGGAGAUCGGUCCGCCGGUGUACUUCGUCGUGCAUGACGUAGACAAUAUAUGCGGUCGCUUCACCACCUGCGAUGACUUCUCUGUCGCCAACAUCCUCGAGGCCGAGCGUAAACGGCCGCAGUCGUCCUUCAUCGCUGAGCCGGCCGCUUCAUGGAUCGACGACUACUUCAACUGGCUGGACCCCGUUCAUGAGAAGUGCUGCCGGGUGCGCAAACGCAACCCCGACAUCUUCUGCAGGGACACCGACUCUCCGAGGCUCUGCGAGAUGUGCUACCAGGACCACGACCCAGCAUGGAACAUCACCAUGAAGGGUCUUCCCGAAGACGACGAGUUCAUGCGGUACCUACGGCAGUGGCUCAUCUCCCCCACGACGGAGGACUGCUCGCUCGCGGGCAAGGCGUCCUUCGGGACUGCACUCGCGCUCUCGGAGGACGGCUCGGACGUCGUCGCGUCACACUUCCGCACGUUCCACACGCCGCUCAAGUCCCAGGCGGACUUCAUCAACUCGUUCGCCGCUGCCCGCCGCAUCGCGGACGACCUCUCAGAGCGCACGGGCAUGUCCAUCUUCCCGUAUUCGCUGCACUACGUCUUCUUCGACCAGUACGCGCAUAUCAUUGCCAUUACGGAGCAAAUCCUAGGAUUGGGCCUGGGUGCCGUCUUGUUGGUGACGGCAUUGAUGCUUGGUUCGUGGCGUACUGGGCUCAUCGUGACGGGUGUCGUCGCGCUCACCGUGGUCAGCGUAAUGGGUGUCAUGGGCGUGUGGGGCAUCAUGCUCAACGCGAUCAGUCUGGUGAACCUGGUCAUCUCGUUGGGCAUCGCGGUGGAGUUCUGCGCGCACGUCGCCAGAGCAUUCAUGAGUGCCGGGUCGGAGCGGGACGAGCGGAUGUGGACCGCCCUCGUUGACGUGGGGCCAUCGGUGCUGUCUGGCAUCACAUUCACGAAACUCAUCGGGAUGUGCGUCCUCGCGUUGACUCGUUCGCGCUUCUUAGAGAUAUACUAUUUCCGCAUGUGGAUCACCCUCAUUGUUUCUGGGGCUCUGCAUGGGCUUAUCCUGCUACCCGUCGUACUCAGCUUCGCGGGAGGACCAGGGUUCCCACUGGAAGAAGCAGAUGAAGAAUGGAUGUCGCACGCAAUACGGCAUGACUAUGAAUACACGCCUUUCCUUGCAGAUGAUGACUCAAUAGCCAGCGACUAAUGCCUAAUACCCGCUUUUGGACACACGAGUUAGAUUAUCUGUACAUUUAGCACAC